AGUAAAAAAAUGGAGAUGAGAAAAAUACGCUGCCGUUUUAAUAACACCCUUUUGGGCAUUCCCGACCUAUAAUUGCUUCCACAGCACCACAACACUGCCUUUUCUCUCUGUCUCUCGCCACCAACCUCAAACCAUGGCCUCAUUUGCUCGUGGAGCCGCAUCCCUAACUCGCGUCGGUCUUUCCUCUUCCAAGACACCCAUUCAACUCAUCCACCGCCGUGGUCUCGCCGGAGCAGCUGAUCACCAUGGACCUCCCAAAGUUAACUUCUGGAAAGACCCAAUGAGCCCGUCUAAAUGGAAGGAAGAGCACUUUGUAAUUAUCUCUUUAGCUGGCUGGGGACUACUCGUCUAUGGAGGAUAUAAGCUCUUCACAGGAGGCAAGGGAAAGAAAGAAGAGAAUUUGGUAAAAGAAGCAUCACACUGAGCUUUGGAGAAUAUUUACAAUGCAAAAUGUUCUUGGUAAUAAUCUAGCGACCUGACUUUCCCGAGUUUUUUUGACUCGGUCUUGUUUGAUGGCAAACAAAUAUUUUGGUCUGUUAUCCAUUGAUUUAUGGCUACGCUACAUUGAAAAUCGGUAGAUGAUCUUUUCCAGAACAAUGUGUUACAUUUAAGUUUUAUUUACCCGUCUAUGCAAAUUUCUGCUUUCCUUUA